AUGUUCCAUAGAUCCGAACGUCAGAUGCCGCCGCCGGCGGCGGUGGCCGACUGGUCGGGCCUCCACCAAGACAUCCUCAGCCGCAUCUUCCUCUCGAUCGCAUGCAUCGGCGACCGGGUCAGGUUCUCCGCCGUCAACCAGCACUGGCGUGGCGUCGCGCUGCAAAACCCGCCCCCGCUCCCCUGGCUCCUCAUGCCCUCCACUGCCGGGACCUCCUGCUACCGGAUCUUCGGCGGGAUCGCCGGCCCGCAGCCUCCCCUCGCCGGCGCCGUCCGCGGGGCGCGUUUCUGCGGCUCCUCUCAUGGCGGCUGGUCCGUGGUCGUGCUCCACCAGUGGCACGGCCACGCCCUGCUCAACCUCCGCUCCGGCGAGCGCGUCCUCCUCCCGGACCACGUGCGCGUCACCCUGAACGGCGGGCGCGUCCCGCCGAACUUCAACGUCAUCAGGUGCCCCAUAAUGAUCCGCGCGGCCGCCGUGUCCGCGCCGCCGCCGUCGGCUGCAUGCGUCGUCGCUGCCCUGACGACAGGCCAGACCACCAUGGCGUUCUGGCGCCCGGGCAUGGACUGCUGGUCGCCGGCGCCGCUGGGGGCUCCGUGUGACGCCCAGGACCUGACGUACCACGACGGAUGCUUCUGGGCCGUCAACCCCUGUGAGCAGCUCUUCUGCUACAGGCCGGAGAUUGCCGGCGCAGACGGUGCGCUUACUGUUCAACAUCUUGUCUACCAGUGCUGUGCUGACCAGAUGACCCCCGCGGCGCCUGGGGAGAUCGUCUCCCGCUACCUCCUGCCUGCCGCCUCCGGUGAAGAUUUGCUAAUGGUGAAGAGGUUCGUCGAUCCGGCGAGAGGCGGCACUAGGCGGUUCGAGGUCUUCAGGCUAGAGAAGCAACUUGGCAGAACCUCCUGGCGCUUCCACAAGAUGGAGGGGCAGGUGCUCUUUGUCGGCCGGAGCUGCUCCAAGGCCUUCGACACAGGGCGCAGCGGCAAUCCGGGCUACAUCUACUUCCUCGACGAUGUCUAUGGUGGCCGUCCGAUGAGCGUUCUCCAGCAGAACGAAUAUCCCUGCACCGACAUGGGUGGUUGGAGUUGCUCCCCUGACGACGAGGAAAUCAAGCGCUGCCUGCCAUGGGCGCAUCCCUCGGACAGCUCACCGUCCAUUUGGUACCUCCAUUGA